AUGUGGUUCAAUGGUACACAGCCUAAAACACACAUUGAGGAAGCUAAUCGUCAUCUCAACGCUUUAACAACUAGGAUUAAGGAACUGGAAAUACAACUCAAAACUAAGGAGGAAGAGUUAAACAAAAAGGAAGAAGACUUCAACAUAGUUAUGCAGGAAGUACAUGUAAAACGUGAAACAGAAGUAAACAAUCUUAAUGAAUUAAUAUUUAAACAAAAUGUAAAACUCCAACGUUUAGAACGUGAUUUACUCAACCGGGACUCGGAACUCAGCGUUUUACGUAAACGUUGUCGUAUGUUUGAUGAAGUACUUAGAUACAAAGCUACAUUAGCGAAAUUGACUAUUACAAUGGAGCAAGCCGAACAGUACGCAAAUUUAACAGCUAAAAGUUAUCCAGUCAGCGCUAAUAGUAACGGUGUCAAGAGUCCUCUCGAUGUUAUCAACACAGAUCCAAGUCCACUUAUGAUACGAAAUGUUGGUUCAAGCACUGAUGUAAUAGAAACUGAUGGUUUAAUUGAAGAAGUUGGGAAAACACUUAUCCAGUCAGAAGGUCAACGAACAAAAUCAUUGGCCCAUAUUGUUAGUAAUGGUCAGUUGUGA